GUGUAUGAGAGUCACUUGGGAUCCAUAGUCUUAUAGUGUGAAUGAAUAGGUUGUUAAAUACAAUACUCUAUAUGUAUCAUAACACAUAUUCACACUAUUCACUCAUCACUUGAUGCUAUUUAGUAGCCUUUGUCUGAGUAUGCCAUUGCAAGGUUAAGUGAGGUUGGUACCACAACAGCUUUUAACAAACCUCCCAUUGGGACUAGUAGUGAACAGAGGUGUGACUUCACUUCGCCAGUCCUCUGCUAAUUUCUGCCAACCCACUUUCCAGUAAAGCCAGUUCCCAUGGGGACACCAUUAUGACUAGUAGUCAGGACCAGAGAACAUGGCUCUUACUGGCACUCACAUUCUCAAGGCCACACACUGCUCUCUUAAGUUGUCCCUCUGGUCUCCUAAAUGCCUGGCCUGACACUGCAUCCUUGCAUAGACAAUAGCUUCAGCCCCCACUCCUAUACCAUCCUGUCAGUGGCUAUGACGACACUAGCUCCGGGUGCAGUUUCUGAACGUUUCACCAAGAUGAAAGAGGUAUAGCAAGCGUCCAUGACAUUACUAUACCGUUCCAGGUCCAUUCCAGAAGGGGGAAAAAAAACACAUUUCACCCCUAGCUGCCAACUGGCAUUCCAGUCAUUCCGGAGAGAAAGGAUCAUAGGAGCACUUUCCAAGUUAAACAGUAACCCCAUGGAAGUGGCCCUCUACUCUGCUCUGUGGUCGACCUGGGAGAGAGCCCUUGAGCUGGGAGGUUACACACACUGUGUCCCCACACACUCAAUGACCACAUGCCUAAAUACGCGUUGCAGGGGAUAAAGGGUGAGGUGGACUGCCCUGAGAAGCCUAUCUGGGUAUGAAUAACUUCCUUAUCUCCUCCCAUACUGAAUAAUUUACACAAUAUACUAUUAGCCAAAGAUGUGCUUCUAAAGCUGAAGUUGACCGCAUGCCAUGAAGUGAGGUGGUUUCACCUGAGUAUGGUUGAACAGAGUUCAGUUAUCUCCCAUACUGAAACUCUUACACACUAUUCAAAUAGUUAUAGGAUUGCUCAAAGCUGUUCCUCUAAACCUGCAGUAGUUGUUAAUGUUUAAUGCAUGCUUUGGUUUUAGCAAAUGGUUUUAGAGAAAAGGCAGCGCUCUUAAGCUUGUUCUACUUUGUGGUAGUGUUAGAUAUUUACAUUGUUGUUCUACUGCAGUCCCUCAGGCCCUCAGGCUCAGUGUACAGAAAGAGCCAACAGCGAAAGUAACGUUGGUCUUUGAUUAGAGAAUCAAACUCAGGCCUGGGGAUUCACUGGGGAUAGGCAGAACAGUGACAGCAGAUACGGAAGUUAUUUAAGAAAAAAAUAAAUAAAUAUAUAUAUGAAACAUGAAACUACUAAGGUAAAAGACUGGGUAACCUCCAAGCGGUGACACACAUUUAAAUUGAGAAAAACAAAAGAUAAAAGUAAACUCUCAGAAACUCAAAUCCCAAAGCCUAGAUCUGACAGAGACAAAAUGGUGUGUUGUUUUUACUUGACAAAAGAUUUCUUGAUCUAGGUUACGUAAUACAGUCACUACUUCCUCUUGUAGUCAUGGACAUUGCACUGUGUCAACACUGCAUUAGUCUCAAGCAUUUCUGUCUGUCUGACCUGAGGAACUGUGUGGUUUGAACUGUCUCACAACGCUCUCACAUUGGAUGGAGAGGAUGAGGUAGAGUACCAACCAUAGUCUUGGCACAUUACAUUUCUGACAACAAGAAAAAGCUCCAACAUGAGGCAUUUGCUCGUCGACAAAGAUGAGAAUGCUACACAAUAUGUCAGAAUAUCAGCGCUUCUCUUUCUCCUUUCUCAGAACCUAGCGAUUAGCCUUCUAAAAGUCGGUUGUCCUCAUUCAACCAUUCUCCAUCGGGAGUACAAUACAUUUUGGCCUUAAGUUUAGUUUACAAAUCUCUACAUAUUAAACAUUCAUUGGUUCUAUUUAUCAGGGCAUGGGUAUUGUUUCAAAAUGUAUUACCUGGGUGGAGGAAAUCUCAUAAGCUUUUAGCUAACGCUUCCCCUUUAACCUAACUCCUAACCUUACCCCUAACUUUAACCCUAACCCCUAGCCUAGCUGAUGUUAGUGUUAGCCACCUAGCCACCUAGCUAAUGUUAGCCACAACAAAUUGGAAUUUCUAACAUAUCAUACGUUUUGAAAAUGCGUAACAUAUUGUACGUUUUGUAAAUUCGUAACAUUUCAUACAAAUUGUAAUUCAUAACAUAUCAUACAAAAUGGAUGAUGGACAUCCACAAUCUAAUACAUACCAUGUGAAACGUAACCUAUCAAAAUAAUUCACUUAGAGUUUCUCGGAUUUAUGUACAGAAAAAUAUGAAAUGCUCUGAGACCAGGUUGCUGUGAUUCACACAAUUCCCCCGGACAUAUCAUCCCUCCCUGAAUGUCGCAGACCUCCAGACCAAGGAGACCAGGCCCAGAAUGCCCUGAAUGCGUCACCAUGCAGUGACUCCUCUAUCUCUCACUGGCCCGGCGGUUUAGCAGGCCGGUGUGAUGGGCUCAUCAUGACGCACUCUACCUACUCACAACCCUCCUGCCUCCACACCCGCCACCCCCCACCACAAGAAUGAACAGAGUCUGCAGACCUGAAAUCACAGGAAAACAUGUCAGCCGUUCAUCGCUUAGCAACCACAGAAUAAAGCAGCCUUGAGCCACCCACUUGGUGCAGAGUUAGGUUUUUACAAGUACAUGUGCUGCCCAAAUAUUAGACCUGCAUUAGAGACGUGCGCUCAGAGGAUCAUGAACCGAAGCAGCCACAGUGCAUUGCCUUUGUAUAUUGAUGGAGGUUGUGUGUUAAAAUGAACUGGGCUCCCACUGUAUCCUGCAGUACUGGCCCUUCUUAUUGAGUGACAAGCCAUUCAUCCACAGUAUAUAGUCCCCCUUGUACCAGCACGUAGGCCAAAGUGGUCUGACAAGUACAAACCAUAGCUUCAGGGAAGAAUAUAAUGAACUAGUGUAAAGACACAUGUAACUGUACGUGUGUAAGCGGGGGUGUGUGUGUGUGUGUGUGUGUGUGUGUGUGUGUGUGAGUGGUAAAUGGCUAGAGGCAGAGUGGGUGGCGAUGUAAUGUCAUGAAACAAUCUCCCUGCAAUCUAGCAAGAAAUGCCUUGUAAUGGAUAAUUGACAUGCACUAUGUAUUUUUAGAUUCAGACUAGCAAGGACUGCCCACACAUACAUUUGUGCACGCAUACAGUCAUAAACGACACACAUACUCUUUAGUGGUUGCUCUUCGCAUCACAAGAGACUGCUAUAAUGAGCGACAGAACAAGUAAAGUCUUCUCUCUACAUCCUCCCUCCCUUAUAUAGCCUACUAGUCUCUCUCCUCUCUCCUAUGUGAGCCUGCUGCCUUCAUCUCUUCUAUCGUCCUCUAGUUCUCUCUCUGCUCGUCUUCUCUCUCUCUUCUCUCGGUUCUCUCUCUGUCUUCUCUCUCUGUCUCUCUCUCUCUCUCUGUCUGUCUCUCUCUCUCUCUCUCUCUCUCUCUCUCUCUCUCUCGCUCUCCUCUCUCUCUCACAAACACACACACACUCACUCACUCAUGUCAGCACUUCUCCCCUCCCUAGGGAGGACACUGACUAUUCCUGAUGCUAACAAAUAAUCAACUUAGGGUGACCUAUGUCCCCCAGAGAGAGAGAGUCAAAGCGAGAGAGGGAACUGGCUCUGCAGCAGGAGGAGUCUGUCAGUCAGUCAGUCGUCACAGGGAAUACCUCAGCACUGUCAGCAGCACUAAUCUCUGUAAUAACCAACACAAUCCUGCCUGUCUGUCUUUACCUUUUUCAAUUCAAUUCAAUCUAACUAUUUAUCCUCUCAGGGGAAAUUAAGAAAGGUAAGUCAGGGACGCUGGGCUGUCAUGGCACGAAUGAAUGUUCUGUGUUCCCCAUAUGCCAUUCUCCACAGAACUUUGAGGAACACUGGCCAACCUGCACACACAGUCUGUGUGUUUGUGUGUGUGUGUCAGCACUUUAGUAAGACUAUCCCCCAGCUGUUGUUUUCUUUAGCACAUUGGGUGAAGGACCAGGGCAACACUCAGCUCUGGAGAACACUACUCUACUCUAACCUUGUAUGAAAUUACUGAAUACGCUGCUUGGAAUUUCUACCCUCAUAGACAUUUGUGUAUGAGUGUGUGUGUGUGUGUGUGUGUACAGAAAUAUGUUGUGUAUGAACAAAAAAUGUGUGUGUAUGUGUGUGUGUUUCGUAACAUUGCCUCCUUUUUGUGUUUGAAAUAUUCAUCUGUUAAGUGUGUUACUUUACAUUAUUGAUUUGCCUAAUGGAUCGGGGACAAUAUGUAUGGAUUAGCCCUGUAGCCUGAAGCAGUCAGAGGAGCUCAUGUAACUCACUACUACUGUAUAGAUACAACAGCACAAAUCUUUUAUUUACAUUUCAUAUAGCCUUUAGCGUCUGUUGCAGGAUCUGAGCAUGCUAUCCAGAGAUGAGCUAUUUUCUGCUUUGAUAACUUUACAUAAGAGUCAAAUUAGGCAUUUGUUGAAUGAAUCUCUUGCUAAAUGAAUCACACACUAUAAUUAUGCAACGCACUAUAAUGGUAAUGAGCACUAGGUUUGAUGCAGAAACAUUAUAUGCCGGUUUCCUGGACACAGAUUAGCCCUUGACUAAAAAGUAUCUUAAAUGGAGAUUCUCCAUUGAGAAUGCUUUGUAGUACAGGAAUCGGGCUUCUCUUGAUCUGGGAAACCGGCCAGAAUAGUAAUAUUAGUGAUCACUACAGGUGACUUGGAAAGACACAGUAGUGUGCAUAAUGACAAUAGCAUAUUUGUAAUCCUUUACUGUUGUUUCUCUCUCUCUCUCUCUCUCUCUCUCUCUCUCUCUCUGCUCUCUCUCUCUCAUCUCUCUCGUUCUCUCUCUAUCUCUCUCCUACUCUCUCAUCUCUCUAUCUUUCCUCUCUCUCUCUCUCUCUCUCUCUCUCUCUCUCUCUGUGUGUGUGUGUCCAGAUAUCGGACGCCCUCCAGAAGAGCUACACUAGGUCGGUGCUAUGGCAGUUCCUCAGUUUGGGUUAUGCCCUCAUGCUCUGUCCUUUCGUCAUCGUCCUGGGUGGCAUGUUCUUCCUGGCAACCGCCCUCUUCUUCCUCGACGACAGGGACAAAGCAGAGAAACAGUGAGUCUCUCUUGCUUUAAAACUGCACAAUUUCCUCUCCACCCUGUGGCAUAAUGUGUAGAAUUGCAGGAAAUUAGCUUUAAAAUGGCCAACAAGAGGGGUGUGAACAGUUUGAACAGUUUGGGUCAUAUGGGUUGCGAGGUGUGGGUUUGUUACUACACCGAUAAAUGACAACAUCCAUCCGGACCUUUGCCAUCUAGGAAAUGUGUGUGACCGGACAUUCUCAAAUAGUAGUUGAGCACCCCUGGUCUAUAUGUUGGAGUUCAGGCUUUAUGAAACGUUUAAGUAGGAAAUUGUAUGCAUUUUGACCAUUACAGUGUAGGAUGGCAAGUCUCAAAAAAGGCAUUUCAGUCAAACAUAUUUCAUUGCUUUUAGAAACGGCUCACAGAGCUUGUUCUUCCACUCACAGCUGUUCCCCAGUGUUAUUUAUGAAUAUGGUAUGUUAAGGAAACAAUACAGACCAAAUUGACUCUCUUCAGUUUUAUUCACGUGUUCUACAGCUUUGUGAAGAUAGUGGGGGUGACUUGGACAGGCAAUGUAACAUCCGUAACGUUUUUUAGGAAAGGUUAUUGUAAAACAUGCACCUUACAUCUGAUCAUCUUGAAACUUUCUCUGUAAAGCUAACUUUCAUCAAGGUUUUACAUGUCCAUUUCAUGUACCAUCCAUAAUGCUUCUUAUUUGCUUUAUUUCACCAACAUGUCAAUAUUUAUAAGUCCGCUUUUUGGGGUAUACACUCCCCCAAGGGGUACUGUAGACACACACAUCAAAAGUUUCAUUUAUAUUUUGUUUGUCCAUUCUGUAAGACAUUAAAGUUGUGAUUCUGCGUGCAAAUGUAAAGUCCAUAACGCUGGAAUCGCCCAGAGAGGUAAACAGAGGGGAAGCGAUCAGGGUCAGGGGAGAGAAAGUGUUUCAGGCUUUGUCAAAAGGGGCUAGAGUCAGCUGGGAGCAGGGGGGGACGACUAGCCUCUCUCAUUGAAGCAACGGAAGUUCAAGGCCAACCGCGGUACUGCAGGCAUUGUAAGCAGAAAACAGGAUCCCCCAUUAUAGUGAAUGGAAAGAUGGCGAUCUUUGUGGUCAAGCUUUGUGUAAAUAAAAAAUUAAAUUGAAGACAAUCAUGAUACCAAGAAUUGCUUCUAAUACACCAGAUGUAUGUCCUUGAACCGAUUAAUUUUAAAUCGCACACAGAAGAAGUUAGGGCUAGAUCGAAAUGUACAGAAUGGUUACCUGGAGGAAAAUAGGGGAGGGUCAUGCUUUUCAAAUAGGCUAUAGGGUAUGAAGUGCAUGCUUGGAGAACCACAGAGCAAAGUUAUAUUUCUAAUAUACAGUACCAGUCAAAAGUUUGGACAUACCAACUCAUUCAAGGGUUUUUCUUUAUUUUUACUAUUUUCUACAUUGUAGAAUAAUAGUGAAGACAUCAAACUAUGAGAUAACACAUAUGUCUCGGACCUGCAAAUACGAUGAAAGAUUCGUGCAAUGCUUUUACUAUAAAGGGAAUCUUUCCAUCCCUUCUCUUGUCCACGGUGGUCCGCGAACCCACAACCUUCUGGCCUGCAGCCCUGUGUACUAUCACAAUUCCUGGGUUGCCAUGUAGUGCUUAGAGGACGAAGAAGAGUUUCUAAAACUGCAUAUCUAAGGCUCUGGUCUGUCCAAAAAAUGAGUGUAAACGGUAGACAUGUUCUCUGCUAUUCAUUUUGUUUUCAUUAUUAUUUUGGAUAUAGGGGAGGGUCUUUUUUUUUUCAAGCGUUAAUGGAGAGUUUAGGUAAAAUAUAUUUUGCUGAAGGGAGGGCCAUCCAUUUCCAUUUCAGAUAGGUCUGAUUUUCUCCAUGUAACCCUUAUUAUAAAUAAUGUUCACUCCCGUAUUAGGAUAAUUUAGUUGCUAAUGGCAGCUUGCAAUAACCCGGUCGGCCUUCAACUGAGCUAGCCUGCAAUGUCACUUCCUGGAGUAGCUCAAACUGCGCAUGUUAUGUCUCCAUGAGACGCCAUCUUAACCGACUUCAAUUCGCUAUUGAGUCUUCACAUAGGAAUGAAUGGUAUCACGUGAUCAAUGGCUUUGUUCAUUCAUAUAUGCAGUCAUUGGCUGGGAGGGAGAGGAUGCUGCAACUCUUUACCUUAAACCUGUAGGCUGUGCCAGGCCUGUCAAACAAGAUGCAGAGCCAGAGAAAGCGGGAAUACCUAGUCAGUUGCACAACUGAACGUAUUCAACUGAAAUGUGUCUUCCACAUUUAAUCCAACCCCUCUGAAUCAGAGAGGUGCGGGGGGCUGCCUUAAUUGACAUCAUCGGCGCCCAGUGAGCAGUUAUUAGGGACAGAACGGCAGAUCUUUUGCACUUUGCCGGCUCGGGGAUUUGAACCGAAGAACUUUCGGUUACUGGCCCAACGCUCUUAACUGCUAGGCUACCUGCCUCUUAGGUCUCCUGCCUGACAGUCCCCUGGACAAUAGAAACACUGUCGCUAUAGUGCCCUCCACUCCUCCCUGUCAGCUAAAAGAGGAAAGUGCUCUGUCCGUCCAAGCAGAGCUGACCCAAGCUGUUCCAACAAGCCAUCACAUUAUUAAACUCUGCUUACUUUGCCUUUCAUGAGCUACCACCCCUCAUGUACAGUUGAAGUCGGAAGUUUACAUACACUUAGGUUGGAAGCAUUAAAACUAGUUUUUCAACCACUCCACAAAUGUCUUGUUAACAAACUAUAGUUUUGGCAAGUCGGUUAGUACAUCUACUUUGUGCAUGACACAAGUAAUUUUUCCAAAAAUUGUUUAUAGACAGAUUAUUUCACUUAUAAUUCACUGUAUCACAAUUCCAGUGGGUCAGAAGUUUACAUACACUAAGUUGACUUUGCCUUUAAACAGCUUGGUAAAUUCAAAAAAAUUAUGUCAUGGCUUUAGAAGCUUCAUGUACAGUUGAAGUCGAGUUUGAGCACACUUAGGUUGGAGCAUUAAAACUAGUUUUCAACCACUUCACAAACUGUCUUUUGUAACAAACUAUAGUUGGCAAGUCGGAGUACAAUCAUGUGCCAAGACCAAGUAAUUCAAAAAAUUGUUUUAGACAGAUAUUCACUAAUCCUGUAUCACAUCCAGUGGGUCAGAAGUUUACCAACACCUAAGUUGACACUUUGCAUCUUAAAACAGUGUAAUUCAAAAAACUAUGUCAUGGACUUAGAAGCUCUGAUAGUAAUGACAUCAUGAGCAAUUGGAGGUACUGGGAUGUAUUUAAGGCCUACCUAAACCGCUUUGCUUGACAUUGGGAAAUUCAGAAGAAAUCCAAGACCUCAGAAAAAAAAUGUAGACUCCAAGUCUGGUUCAUCCUUGGGAGGAAUUUCCAAACGCCUGAAGGUACCACGUUCAUCUGUACAAACAAUAGUACGCAAGUAUAAACACCAUGGGACCACGCAGCCGUCAUACCACUCAGGAAGGAGACGCGUUCUGUCUCCUAGAGAUAAACGUACUUUGGUGCGAAAAGUGCAAAUCAAUCCCAGAACAACAGCAAAGGACCUUGUGAAGAUGCUGGAGGAAACAAAAGUUACAAAAGUAUCUAUAUCCACAGUAAAACGAGUCCUAUAUCGACAUAACCUGAAAGGCCGCUCAGCAAGGAAGAAGCCACUGCUCCAAAACUGCCAUAAAAAAGCCAGACUACAGUUUGCAACUGCACAUGCGGACAAAGAUCGUACUUUUUGGAGAAAUGUCCUCUGGUCUGAUGAAACAAAAAUAGAACUGUUUGGCCAUAAUGACCAUCGUUAUGUUUGGAGGAAUAAGGGGGUCGCUUACAAGCCGAAGAACACCAUCCCAACCGUGAAGCAAGGGGGUGGCAGCAUCAUGCUGUGGGGGUGCUUUGCUGCAGGAGGGACUUGUUCACUUCACAAAAUAGAUGGCAUAAUGAGGAAGGAAAAUUAUGUGGAUAUAUUGAAGCAACAUCUCAAGACAUUAGUCAGGAAGUUAAAGCUUGGUCGCAAAUGGGUCUUCCAAAUGGACAAUGACCCCAAGCAUACUUCCAAAGUUGUGGCAAAAUGGCUUAAGGACAACAAAGUCAAGGUAUUGGAGUGGCCAUCACAUAACCCUGACCUCAAUCCUAUAGAAAAUUUGUGGGCAGAACUGAAAAAGCGUGUGCGAGCAAGGAGGCCUACAAACCUGACUCAGUUACACCAGCUCUGUCAGGAGGAAUGGGCCAAAAUUCACCCAACUUAUUGUGGGAAGCUUAUGGAAGGCUACCCGAAACAUUUGACCCAAGUUAAACAAUUUAAAGGCAAUGCUACCAAAUACUAUUUGAGUGUAUGUACAUUUCUGACAUACUGGGAAUGUGAUGAAAGAAAUAAAAGCUGAAAUAAAUAAUUAUCUCUACUAUUAUUCUGACAUUUCACAUUCUUAAAAUAAAGUGGUGAUCCUAACCUAAUUUUUACUAGGAUUAAAUGUCAGGAAUUGUGAAAAACUGAGUUUAAAUGUAUUUGGCUAAGGUGUAUGUCAACUUCCGACUUCAACUGUAUUUAACGCCCAAACAUUCAAAUUCUCCUACUCUCUCUUUUCAAACAAAAACACAUAAAGCACACACAUACGUUGAGGGCAUAGAAAUGUUGCAUCUCAUACCCAUACAAGGUCAAGACAAACACAGAGUCAACCACUCUUUUCGGGUGCUGCUGUUCCUUCUUUAUGUUGUUCCUCUUUUAUUUUUGUUAUUUUAUUUUGGGCACAUUUUUUUUUAUCGAGUUGACUCCAAUAAUGUCUUCAGCUCCUCUCUGAAACAACUUCCUUACUGUUGGAGAGUGCCAUGGGGCAAUGUUAAAGCAGGAUGUCAGUCUGUACCUCCUCACCCCUCGGGCCUGACCACUGAUGGUUCCCACAAUGCACUUUAGUAAUAGAGAAGAUUUCAGGAGACAGGGACAGUCAGGAGCCUUAGAUUAGUUUAAUUUGUUUAGUCUCAAAUUACUUUGGCAUUUACUCUACAUAAUAUUAUAAUAUGAUAAUAUAUGCGAAUAUAAUCUAUAUUUUCAUUUUCCAUAUCAUGAGGUCAUCAAGAGGGUAAUAUAUCAUACAAGUGUAAGUUAUUCUUCUAUCACACAGAGUCAGAUAAAUUUGAAUAAUAAUAAGCAUUACCUUUGAAUAGAGUAAGGACCACGUCCAUCCAGGGUUGGGGUCAUUUCCAUUUCAAUUCAGUCAAUUCAGGAAGUAAACCUAAAUUACAUUUCCAAUUCUCUCCUCAAUGCUUCUCUAUGAAUUGACCCCAACCAUUACAGAAGGACUACUUGUGUCCAGGGAUAUGUAGCUCUACCUACAGUGAAUAUAUUGUCCCACCACUAUCACCAUGGACCAUCACGCCUCAGAGCUCUUGUCAUGUUACAGGUUACAACUAGCCUCUCUCUAUAUAAUAUUUAGAUCAUAAAUAGAGUUCAUUCAUGAACCGUAUACAGUAUAUGUAUAGCGUACUUUAUAGAGCAGGGCUAUUUAUGUACCAGUGCAGAGCAGUUCUGACUGGUAGACUUCAGCAGUAGCAGCAAUCUUAUGUAACACUCUUCAAAUAGCAUUACACAGAUAACAACAACAGGAUUGUCAAAAACAACAACGACUUCGAUGUAGAGUUAUUCCUAGGGCUGUCCCCGACAAAAAAAAAUCUUGGUCGACCAAGAGUAGUCUGUUCUGUUUAAACGUGUAUUUUUCCAUAUAUAGACACAUCCUAUGUGUUUUAAUCAAAUCAACUAUAUUCACUGAGCUUGUCUGAUGAUUUAAGCACACUGUUUGUUUAAAUCAUUAAGACACACAAAUGACUAGAGGGAGUCCAACCAGCAAUUGAUUUGAUUGUGCCGGGCUCAGACUUGCUGCGCUGUGUUAAAAAAAAGACAGCGAGUGACUAGCACCCGUUGUCUCUCUCUCCUCCCUGCUGCAGCGACCACCACAGAACGUCAAAGUGUUAAUCGCGCUGUCCUUGUUGCUGAAGCUACAACAUAAUUACAGUCAUUUCUGACUGAAAUGUUCUGUUACCGAAAUCCCUCAUUUGUUUAGGAAAAAUAUUCCCAAUUCCCUCAACCCUUGUUCUCUUUACGUGACACAUGUAUAAAUCGCAUGCGCGUGACCAAUAGGGCCUGACCUAUAACAUAUCAUAAUCAUAUUAAUAAAUUGGUUAUAACAAACUCUGAACACCGUAACAGCAAAAUGGAUGCAGAGGACGUGACAAAUAUACUCGAAACUGGGGAAUGUUAACUGAUUGCUCAUGAGGUAAAGGGGAAGCCAGAUGUGUGGAAUAAAUGUGACUAAAUACACCUCCGCUGUCUUCAACCAGGAUCUCAGCGAUCACUGCCUCAUUGCCUGCGUCCGUAAUGGGUCCGCGAUCAAACGACCACCCCUCAUCACUGUCAAACGCUCCCUAAAACCCUUCAGCAGGCCUUUCUAAUUGACCUGGCCCGGGUAUCCUGGAUGGAUAUUGACCUCAUUCCGUCAGUAGAGGAUGCCAGGUUGUUCUUUAAAAGUGCUUUCCUCUCCAUCUUAAAUAAGCAUGCCCCAUUCAAAAAAUUCAGGAACCAAUAUACACAAUCAGUUAGGAAAGCAAAGGCUAGCUUUUUCAAACAGAAAUGUGCAUCCUGUAGCACUAACUCCAAAAGGUUUUGGGACACUGUAAAGUCCAUGGAGAAUAAGAGCACCUCCUCCCAGCUGCCCACUGCACUGAGGCUAGGAAACACUGUCACUACCGAUAAAUCUACGAUAAUCGAAAAUUUCAACAAGCAGGCCAUGCUUUCCACCUGGCUACCCCUACCCCGGCCACCAGCUCUGCCCCCUCCGCUGCAACUUGCCCAUGCCCCCCCUGCUUCUCCUUCACCCAAAUUCAGAUAGCUGAUGUUCUGAAAGAGCUGCAAAAUCUGGACCCCUACAAAUCUGCUGGGCUAGACAAUCUGGACCCUUUCUUUCUAAAAUGAGCCGCCGAAAUUGUCGCAACACCUAUUACUAGCCUGUUCAAACUCUCUUUCGUAUCGUCUGAGAUCCCCAGAGAUUGGAAAGCUGCCGCGGUCAUCCCCCUCUUCAAAGGGGGUGACACUCCAGAUCCAAACUGAUACAGACCUAAAUCCAUCCUGCCCUGCCUUUCGAAAGUAUUUGAAAGCCAAGUUAACAAACAGAUCACCGACCAUUUCGAAUCCCACUGUACUUUCUCCGCCAUGCAAUCUGGUUUCCGAGCUGGUCAUGGGUGCACCUCAGCCACGCUCAAGGUCCUAAACGAUAUUAUAACCGCGAUCAAUAAAAGACAGGACUGUGCAGCCGUCUUCAUCGACCUGGCCAAGGGUUUCGACUCCGUCAAUCACCGCAUUCUUAUUGGCAGACUAAAUAGCCUUGGUUUCUCAAAUGACUGCCUCGCCUGGUUCACCAACUACUUCUCAGAUAGAGUUCAAUGUGUAAAAUCGGAGGGCCUGUUGUCUGGACCUCUGGCAGUCUCUAUGGGGGUGCCACAGGGUUCAAUUCUCAGGCCGACUAUUCUCUAUGUAUAUCAAUGAUGUUGCUCUUGUUGCUGGUGACUCUCAGAUCCACCUCUACGCAGACGACACCAUUUUGUAUACAUCUGGCCCUUCAUUGGACACUGUGUUAACAAACCUCCAAACAAGCUUCAAUGCCAUACAGCACUCCUUCUUGGCCAGGUCGCAGUUGUAAAUGAGAACUUGUUCUCAACUGGCUUACCUGGUUAAAUAAAGGUGAAAUAAAAUAAAAUAAAUAAAUAAAAUAUGGCUUUUUCUUUGCAACUCUACCUAGAAGGUCAGCAUCCCGGAGUUGCCUCUUCACUGUUGACGUUGAGACUGGUGUUUUGCGGGUACUAUUUAAUGAUGCUGCCAGUUGCGGACCUAUGAGGCGUCUGUUUUUCAAACUACAUACUCUGAUGUAUUUGUCCUCUUGCUCAGUUUUGCACCGGGGCCUCCCACUCCUCUUUCUAUUCUGGUUAGAGCCAGUUUGCGCUGUUCUGUGAAGGGAGUAGUACAAAGCGUUGUACGAGAUCUUCCGUUUCUUGGCAAUUUCUCGCAUGGAAUAGCCUUCAUUUCUCAGAACAAGAAUAGACUGAUGAGUUUCAGAAGAAAGUUAUUUGUUUCUGGCCAUUUUGAGCCUGUAAUCGAACCCACAAUUGCUGAUGCUUCAGAUAGUCAGCUAGUCUCAAGAAGGCCAGUUUUAUUGCUUCUUUAGUCAACAGUUUUCAGCUGUGCUAACAUAAUUGCAAAAGGGUUUUCUAAUGAUCAAUUAGCAUUUUAAAAUGAUAAACUUGGAUUAGCAAACACAACGUGUCAUUGGAACACAGGACUGAUGGUUGCUGAUAAUGGGCCUCUGUACGCCUUUGUAGAUAUUCCAUAAAAAAUCAGCAGUUUCCAGCUACAAUAGCCAUUUACAACAUUAACAAUGUCUACACUGUAUUUCUGAUCAAUUUGAUGUUAUUUUAAUGGACAAAAACAUUGCUUUUCUUUCGAAAUCAAGGACAUUUUUAAGUGACCCCAAACUUUUGAACGGUAGUGUAUAUAUAUUUUUUGUGCUACUGCUCGACUAAAGAAAUCCCGGUUGACCAACAGCAUAUCGACCAAACAAUCGAACAGUCUACUAAAUUGGGUCAGCCCUAGCUUUUCCACAUUCACAAACAGGCUAUAUAUAGCAGCUCAAAUACCCCUGAUUUACACAUUUUCUCCUGACUUGACAAUUGCAGCCCUUUUUACGAGUCUGUCCUUAAAUAUUCUGUGAUAUUUUUAAAAGCAAAGAAGCAGAAGGAGUGUACUCACUGGAGCAAGACUCUGUCUAUUCACAGACUUAUUAUUUCUAGGUUGUCAGCUUUUUUUGGCUGAGGGGAGACCAUUAAUAGCUCAGCUAAGGCACACAGAUGCCCCUAGACUUCACACACACAUUAUUCACCAACUUAGACUUACACACUCACUCACACGCACUCGCAGACACACACACACAGGUGCACAAAUACACACACACAUGGCGUGAGAGCUCAUCUGUGUCCUCUGCCAUGGUUGGCACAUCAGUGACUCCUCGUGAGGACAGUACAGUAUAGGCUCGGCUGAACUCACUUCUGGGACGACCGCCUGAGGAAGGCAAGAGAACAGAUUGAACAGAAGUGUGCUUUAAAGAGAAGAGAAAGAACUUCAAUAGACAGCAGGGAGACAGGGAGCAUGUGAGGGAAGAAAGUGUGAGAAGAAGGCGUGAGAGACAGAAAAAAUAUGAAACAAAUGGCCAGAAAAAGAGAGCAAAGCAUAGUGUGGCAAGGGAAGCUAUAUUAGUCAUAAAUUUUAUCCUCAUACACACACACACUGACACGUUUUAUUGCUUGCCUCUGGAUGUUUAACUGAGCUUUAUGUGUAGAAUCUGUGGAUUGUUCCUGACUGUCUUCUCUGUUCUGUUCUCAGAUUGGCAGCAGUGACGCGACCACCCUCCUCAGUAAAGGUAAGACCAGGUACUUUUAUAUCACUCUUGAGUUUACGUGUAUCUACCACUUAAGAGGUUAGAUGUCAAUUAAGUUUAUCAUCUACAGAGCCUUCCGUAAUUAUUGGGACAGUGAAACAUUUGUUCUUCUUUUGGCUCUAUACUCCAAACAUGUGGAUUUUAAAUCAAACAAUGACUAUGAGGUUAAAGUGUAGACUGUCAGCUUUAAAUUGAGGGAAUUCUCAUCCAUAUCGGGUGAACCGUUUAGAAAGUACAAUACAUUUUGUACAUAGUCCCCCCCAUUUUAAGGCACCAAAGGUAUUGGGACAAAUGACCUAAUAUGUGUAUUAAAGUACUAAAAAGUAUUUGGUCCCAUAUUCACAUCACGCAAUGACUACACCAAGCUUGUGACUCAACAAAUUUGUCGGAUGCAUAUUCUGUUUGUUUUGGUUGUGUUUCAGAUUAUGUUGUGCCCAAUAGAAAUUAAUGGUAAAUAAUGUAGUGUCAUUUGGAGUCACUUUUAUUGUAAGUAAGAAUAUAAUAUGUUUGUAAACACUUCUACAUUAAUGUGGAUGCUACCUUUAUUACGUAUAAUCCUGAAUGAAUCGUGAAUAAUGAUGACUGAAAAAAAGUUAGAGAUGCACAAAAACUGUAUAGCCUAGGCCUACCGUUAAACGGUAGGACUGACACAUUUGAAUAUGUUUCUAUGCACUGCAGGUAGGCCUAUGUGAAUUAUGAAUAAUGCAAAAGCAUGAUGGCAAAAGCCUCACAAGUAUCUCCUGAGUGGCGCAGUGGUCUAAGGCGCCGCAUCGCAGUGCUAACUGUGCCACUAGAGAUCCUGGUUCGAAUCCAGGCUCUGUCGCAGCCGGCCGCGACCGGGAGACUCAUGGGCGGCGCACAAUUGGCCCAGGGUAGGGGAGGGAAUGGCCGGCAGGGAUGUAGCUCAGUUGAUAGAGCAUGGUGUUUGCAACGCCAGGGUUGUGGGUUCGAUUCCCACGGGGGGCCAGUAUAAAAAAAUAUAUAAAAAUAAAAAAUGUAUUCACUAACUGUAAGUCGCUCUGGAUAAGAGUGUCUGCUAAAUGACUAAAAUGUAAAUGUAAGUAGAACAUUUAGAAACCUUGUAUGGAUAGACUACUUGGCUAAUGCAUAUAUAAGAAAGGCACCAGACGCAUUGCUGUUGAAACAUCUUUCGUUAUAGUAGGGUAAUGUUAGCCUACUAAGGGCUUGUUUUUUCAUCAACGAAACAGAAAACAAGCAAUUUUUACAGGAAAAUAACUAAAAUGUUUCUAAAUACGAGUGCCAGUGGAUUAUCUCUACAUGUAGGGGUUUUACGCAUCCAAGAUAAAAACAGGAGCUGGCAAGAAAUAACGUACAAUAGCCUACAUAGAUAAAAUGGGGAUGUCCGCUUACUGUUUUGAUGCUGCUCCUAAACUUGAUCUUUUUGGUGAUUAGGAUUUAUUUCAAAGCGGUGUUGCGAGCCAAACCCUUUAUCGAUAGUCUUGACUACUUGGCAAAUGCAUUGGGCAGGACAAAAAAAACAACAGUCUUCAUUGAGAGGAGGGUAGGUAUGCUUGGUUUUUAAUAAAAUUCAUGUUUUUUAUGUUUCUAAAUACGAGGUUUACCGGCACAAAAAGCACAUCUCUCUUGUUUUAUGUGCAUAUGGGCACUGUGCGUCACGGUUGGAUUCACCCUAACGUAACAUGCGUAAAAUAAACUCCUGAAACUAGAUCCCCUACACGCUGUUCUUAAUGAGAAGGAAAAAAACUGUCGGGGGAGGUUCUCUUCUGCACUGUUCAACCAAUCCAGUAAAUGUGGAGGAGGAGUUAAGAUGGAGUGUCGCCUUGUUAAUGUCCAAAAGUAGAAGUCUCGUUAGGUUUGGCUCUCUUUUAAUUUCCCCUGAAAACCAGAACAUCCAGUUGUUGGGGACUUGACAGAGGCUACAGAUGGAUAGGCUGUGCUUCCGUUGUCAAAAUCUAUGUCAUAACCAACCGGGUUACUGCUAAGACCAGCUUUCGGUUGGUCUUAAAUAUCCCCACCAGCACAUUCUGAAAUUGACACUUUGGUGCACGUUUUUAAGGACACACCUCAGAUAUUGCUACCCCUCCCACCUUUGCGCAAGCGAGCUCGUAUAAGACAGGUAAAUUGCCAAUUCUGGCACUAGAGUUUGAAAAUAGAGUGCCAGCUUUAACAGGUCGAAAUUGCAAACGAGUGUGUGUUUUACAAUUGCACUGGCUUAACGCCAGACGUGUUUGACUGUUUGAAAAUAGUUUUUCCUUCCAACACAAGCUGUAGUGCCCAUAAGAAAUAAGAAACUGUCUCAAUCCUCUACAAUCAUCCUUUUUAAGUGGGAGACUAUACUUUGAUUCAAUGGCCUUUGAAAGAACUGGGAAUAUUAGAGACUUUAAUUAUACUUAGACAGCACUUUCCCCCUAGUUUACAUAGACCUUUUAAAUGGCGAUAACAUUCAUGUUGAAAGUGAUAAAUAUAAUUAUGUCAUCGUACUGAUCUUUGAUGUACUUCCUGGUUCCUAGGUUUAUUGUGUAUAUUACGGGAUGUCGUCGAGGAGUCGUCAGGGCAUUAUUGGCCUUGGUACCCUCCCUCCUUCCUCUCUUUAUCACACACACACACACGCACCUCCCUCCUUCCUCCCCUUAUCACACUCAGACACACACACCGCUCAGCGUAAUUAUCAACCCCCCCCCCCCCAAAAAAAAAUAAACACACACACAGGGGAAACGUUCUGCAUUGCACCAGCCAACUCUCCACAGCAGGACAAUGGGGAGGUUUGGGAGUAAUAGACUAAAAAUAACAAGAUUAAACCCUGACCCACUGAUUGGCAAAGAUUUUUGCUUCAUGUUAUUGUGUCUUGGCUUUUCAAGGUUAUCGUGUUUAUACAUGGAGUCAAGAAUGUAUCUAUCCCUUUGUGCUCCUUGUCUCGGCUAAUUAACCUCUUAGCUUGCUUGAUACUAGCUCCAGUCAAAUUAAUACAUUAUAUAUACACCAUAUAUGGUGCGGUGGUAGCUCAGCAGCUACGGAGUUGGACAUGUAGCUGAAACGUGGCCAGUUUGAAUCACAAACCAGGUGGUGGAAAAAAGUCAGAAUUGAUUUGGCAUCUGGACGGCUGCUUAGUUCACAUCCUCAAGACAUUCUCCUACUGUUGGGCCCUUGAGCAAGGCCCUUAACCCCACAAAAUCCUCUCCAUCCAGGUACGCUGCAUAUGUCGUAGGUUAUAUCAGACAUUUGACAUGAUUUGGAUGGUGGACAUUUUCAUUGCUGGAUAAGAAUAAUAAUCACUGUCCCAACCUGGUCUCAGUGCAUUUCGUAUUAUUCUGUACGUAAAUCCGGACACUCCAUUUAGUAUGAUAUGUUACAUUUCGUAUGGUACGUAUUAAUUUGUGGAUGUCCAUCACUCAUUACUUAUGAUAUUUUACGAAUUACAAUUCGUAUUAUAUGUUAGUAAUUUGCAAAACGUACAAUAUGUUAAGAAUUUGCAAGAUGUAUGAUAUGUUAUUAAUUCUAGCUAGGUUGUCUAAUGUUAGCUAGUUGGCUAAUGUUAACUAAGCUAGGGGUUAGGUUUAAGGUUAAGUUCAGGAGUUAGGUGAAAGGGUUAAAGUUAGGGUUAGGUGAAGAGUUAGCUAAAAGGGUUAAGGUUAGGGGAAGGGAUAGCUAACAUGCUAAGUAGUUGCAAAGUAGCUAAAAAUGUGUAAGUAGUUGCUAAUUAGCUAAAAUGCUUAAGUUGUCUGUGAUGAGAUUCAAACAUUUGGGUUGCUAGACGUUUGCGUUACACAUCAACCCAUCCAACCCGACCAACCACCCUACUUUAGUUUUUGCCUUAAGUAACCAUCUGUCUUAUGUAACCAUACCAAACGUAACAUAUCAUACUAAUUUGAGUGUCUGGAUGUACCUUUACUAUGUUACGUCUAAUCUAUGGGAAUAGGCUGACCCUCCCCAAGUACUAAGUUCAAUAUACACUGAGUAUACUAAACAUUAGGAACACCUUCCUAAUAUUGAGUUGCCCUCAGAACAGCCUCAAUUAAUCGGUGCAUGGACUCUACAAGGUGUUAAAAGCGUUCCACAGGGACGCUGGCCCAUGUUGACUCCAAUGCUUCCCACAGUUGUGCCAAGUUGGCUAGAUGUCCUUUGGGUGGUGGACCAUUCUUGAUACACACGGGAAACUGUUGAGGGUGAAAAACCCAGCAGCGUUGCAGUUCUUGACACAUGUCAUGGAAAGAGCAGGUGUUCUAAAUGUUUUGUAUACUCAGUAUAUACAGUGUCAUGUAUCAUAUCAUACCGUUUCUCAGAUCUAUACAUGAUAAAUGUAGUGCACCUUUUUAUUACUGGAUCAGAAUCACACAAACACCCUCCCCAAAAUGAGUAUAAAACUCCAUCACUAAGGUCUAGUGCUGUAAAAAAUACAAAUAAAAAGUUUGUUCGAUUGUGACUUGUGAGUGAAGUGAAGAUGCAACAGAUUGACUUCAUUUAAUUAAGGGGAUAAUAUCAGCGCCAACGAGGCCACACCCAAAGUGACAAGGUGACAUUAUCAUGCAGACAGAUACAAUUCUAGGGCGAUUUUUGUAAUGUUACCUGUAAUGUUCCCCUGAUGUUUGAGUGUCCAGUUUUCCGUUAGUUACAGGAACAUUUUAUGUUAGCAAAAACCUCCUGAGAACCUACUUAACAUGUUUUGGCGUUAGAGUUAGGAGAGUAUUCCUUUAAUGUCAAACAGAACUUACCCACAACGUGGUUACCAUGUUCUUAGAAUAUGCAAUAUUAAUGUUCUAAGCACGUUUCAUGGGACGUUGCAAGAACAUUCAUGUGUCCAGUUUUCUGAGGGUUUGGAUUAAAAAAAUGUCUCACAGUGAUUAAGGAGUUACAUUAAAACAGAGUAAUAUGGCCCACCAACAUCAAACAAUUAUACAGAAAAGCCCCAAAUUGCUGGAACAAGUAAAUCAAAUCAAUGAUGAGAGUAUAGUCAGAUUAACUGAUAAUUGACACAGACAUGGUGGUGUAGCAGGAAGAUUGGAAUGCUGAAAACCAAGAGGUUGUGAGUUCAAAUCCCAAGCGAGGACAAUAAUAUUUAGAAUAAAUUAACAUGCAAAAUGUAAUCGUGUUGGAAAUAUUGUAUGUUCAAAGCACUGUUUGUGUGUGUGGAUGUCCCUAAGCCAUCGUUUCCUGAACUCGGUCCUCGGGACCCCAAGGGGUGCAUGUUUUGGUUUUUGCCCUAACACUACACAGCUGAUUCAAAUUAUCAAAGCUUGAUGAUUAGAUGAUUAUUUGAAUCAGCUGUGUAGUGGUAGGGCAAAAACCAAAACAUGCACCCCUUGGGGUCCCGAGGACCGAAUUUGGGAAACCCUGCCCUAACCUAACAGACAAAGAGCUGUAAAUAAUUAGAUCAAUGGUUCGGCAACAGUAACAAGGGGUGCUGUGUAAAGAAACAUAUUUUCUGGGGGUAGGGGGGCACGUUUCUUUGGGAUCAUCAGGUGUCUUUAAGGACGUCUCCGGAACAAGCUGUGAACUAGACAUAAACCUCCAGGGGACCAUGACAGACCUUAAUCUGAUGUUAAUCUUAAAACAGAACGUCAUAUGUUUUAAAUGUCAUUGGACACAGGACUGUUCUGCAACGUCCCAUGAAACGUGCCUAGAAAAUGUAUAUCUUAUAUUCUGAGAACAUCGCAACCAUGUGGUGUGUGUUUGGUGCAGUGCUGAGCGAUUAGUGCUUUUUGAGGUCGGUUCGGUUUCGGUUAGAUUAUGAAAAAAUUAUCACGGUUUUCGAUUUCGGUUUCGUUCAUUUUUUUAGAUAUUAAAUGCACUAUGCAUUAUGUGUGUUGAAUGCUGUAACAACACAUAAUAAAACAAUGAAUAAAAGUCCCAUGAUGGUAGUGACUGCCCAUUACAGCUUAUCACUUAUUAAAGCUGCAAUAUGUAACUUUCUAGGCCACCCGACCAAAUUCACAUAGACAUGUGUGUUAUAGAUCUGUCAUUGUCAUUGAAAGCAGUGGUAGAUUUGUUCUGUGUGUGUUAUUUCUAUGCUUGAGUUUAGUUUUUGCCUCUUUUACUUUCGGUUUUCUACACAAACUUCAAACAGCUGAAAAUACAAUAUUUUUGGUUAUGGAAAAUAUAUUUCACAGCGGUUUAGAUGGUACAUUGAUUCUCUACACUAUACUUGCUUGUUUUGUCACAUAAACUGAAAUUAGCCAAACUAUUAGAAUUUUAGCAACCAGGAAAUUGCAGAGUGAUUUCUACAUAGUGCAUCUUUAACCAUAAUAUAUUCAGAUUACUUUACUUUAAUAAAAUAUUUCAGUUGUGUAUAUUACUCUUGCUUUAUUUGAUGACUUUAUUAUUUAAUUCCAAGUCAUCAUCUCAUCUCUAUAGAGCUGCUGCCUAUGCUGUCUGACAAAAAUCACUAUUAUUAUUUUUUUAAUUUUUUUUCCACUAUUUUUGUAGUUCUCCAAAGUAAAUAAGGCAUACUUUUAUGACUGCUGAAUACCAACUAUCAAUCACAUAGAUCAUGUAUUUUUAGGUAGAGAUACAUCGCGAAGCAACUGCUCUCUAUCCCUCUUGAUCGCUCUUUUGGCUUCUCUCAGUCUCCGUGCCCACACAGAUCGGACAACACCCUACUAUAUCGGACAGUUCGGGAUUGAAUCGAUUUAUCGUUAGAGAAAAUGCGCAUUGAGCUCAGAAAUAACCUGAACGAAAUGAAAUUCAAAUAAUUGAAACCUGACGAAGGCCAUGCAGUCGAAACGCGUCAGAUUUAAAAAAAAAAACUUGUUUCUAUUGAACAUGCCAUACAAAUAAAGGCAUUUUAAUUAAUUAUAUGAAGAGUGCCUUGGUCCUCCUUUCUUUUUGAUGACCAAUUCACCCCUUUUACCAAAGAGAACCUUCUGUCUACCAACAUUUACUAUUGUGUACCUUAGUAGCACUUCCCUUCUUCUUUCUAUCGGUCAAUUAGUUGUUUAAAAAACAAAAAAUAACAGACAUUUCGGUUAAUCGCUCAACACUAGAGAUCAGAUAAGCCUGGAUCCAAUUAAGUGUCUCCACGGGGGUAAAGUAGUGUGGACGACGAUAACCACAAAGGGCUGUGGAUUCACUCGACUGCUAGCGCUUGUUAACCCACAGAAGAAUACCUGUUAUAAACUGUCAAAAGAUCACUGUUAGAUUUGACAGCGGGAUCUUUUUUCAGCAUUCACUCUCCUAGUUCCACUUUGUGGAUGACCAUUCAUUCAGGUGGUCCAUUAUUCAAUGCAGCUCCAAACAUCCCCCCUAUUUAAACCUGUUUUUGCAGCUGUAGACAGUGAAUCCAGUACUCAACAGGGUUCUGCUGGUUGGGUUUAGGGGGGUCCAGAGGGUACAGAGAGCGGCAUAACCACAGACCACACAUUCCGUAGUAGUAGUAGCAGUACACCCACCCCUGACCCCAGCCCCAGUGUGGCCUACCCUCCA